GAUGCUUGGACGCUUUCUCAGUGUCGACUGUCCAUGGUCCAGACCAGAGUUCAUCCAGUGCCGUCGACUUGCCAGAUGAGAAGAGCUCGGUGGGGGUGGAACGGAUCAGUGAUCUUCAAGCCGGAGUCUGAAUCUUGUGUGGACCUAAGUUCAAAUAUCCCAAGCUGCUUGGAUAAGAUGAUUACACGACAAAGCGCAACUUUGAAGAUCACUGAUUUAGAAGGAUCGAAACCACAUGGCAUCCUUCAUAUGCGCGGGAAUAAAAUCUCGUUUAUAGUUUUCUCGAUACCGCAUUAUUUUACGACUCAGGACAGCCUGACAAAGGAUAUGUAAUGUGAGGGAAAUGAAUCGAUAUAGGACAAAUAAUUUCUAUAUUUUAUUAGCAGAAAUAAAAUAUAGCAUACCUUACGUUAU